ACGUGACGAGCGUCGUUGUCCUUUUAUGUUUUUAAACGUCAUUUGUAAGUGGAAGGUUUUCUUUUCAUUUGGAUGACGUAAGGAGGGAAUAAGGGAUAACAAAAGAAAGAAGGCGCUGUUUUGUCACCAACGACAAACACACAAACAAACAACAGACCCGAGUUCAGUCAAAGUUUGUUUCAAGAAUUUUGAACGUUUUCACAAAAAAGAAAAUGGAUAUUGAUGAUGAGGUAGUCACUGACCGCCUGGAGAGGGCGCGGAUACAGAUGCGCCGCGACUAUGAGGCUCACAGGCGCGUGAGGAUUUUCAAUGAAAAAUGGAGGACUAUCGGGAUUGACAAGCAAGCCCUGGACAUGCAGGUGAGAGACAGGCUGAAACAAGAAGAGGCCGAUAAAGACGAAGGGGAUGCAUAUGAUGGCCAUAUGAUCCAUAACAGCAGAGUAGCGUACAUGAACCAAAUCAGAGAAAAGGAAAAGCAGCGCGUCUGUCAAAAGGCCAUUGACAACUUCCGUCAUGAGAACCAGCAGUUUUGCGACCGGCUGGAGUUUGACCUGAAUGACCCGGACCGCUUAAGAAAAACAAAAUUGGAACAUGGACAUGUGUCCCUGUCUGGUCUUUUGGGCGAGGACCUGAAUUAUUACGACAGACUGCAGAGGCAGAAGGAUCAGUUUAAAUCGUGGCUCAUCCAGCAGCAGAAUGAUAAGGCAUCAGUGAGGCACGAGCAACAGCUGGAAGACGAUCAAUACGACCAAUUCGUGUUGAAGAUGGACAACACGGCCCUGCAGAUUCAGAGACUUCAGAAGCAGAGGAGAAAGGCAGAAGCCAUUUCCACCAAUGAACACAAUUCGGUCAAGACUGAAGAAGACAAGCACCGACAGGCGCUGGAGUCUGCUGAGGCGGAAAACCAACUGCAAAGACAGUGUGCAACAACAAGUGUGGGAGUUCCAGGUCUUUGGCCCAGCACUGACAAGAGACCCCCUCCAGAGAGCCGGCAAAAGAUCAUGCAGUUCCAGAAAUAUCAAAUGGAGGAGAGAAAAAGGGCCGAAUUAGAGAAGAAGAAAGAGGAGGAGCGACACGCUCGCUUUCUCCUGAACUCAUCUCAUAAAACGCUGCUACUUCAGAGGGAGCAGGCAAAAGUGAACGGGCAGCUGAGACGACACCUGGAUAGCGCCAAUGUCGAACUGGCACAAAUACAGGAGGCAGCGGGCAUGAAAAGAGGACACAUCUAUGACGACUUCUUCUCGCAGUUCAACAGAUGCAGCAGAUGAUGGAUGACAAAUUCAAUCAUAUUAAGAUAUCAUGAGACAGCUGAUGAGAGCCAACAUGGCAAACCUAAGAUCAACUGAAGGAAAAAAAACAAACUGCAAUCAGCCAUGAAAGAAUACUGUGCGAAAGUCUCGGGCCACUGUUAGAUGUGUUGUUUUAGUAAAAUCAGCUCUCAUUCACCUUAUUGGAACACAUCCAGAAAAUAUGGGAAUCAUGUAUGCAGUUUUAAAAUAUUAUUUUCGGAAGAAAGGAGAUAGGUUACAGUGUCAAGUAUUUAGUAUGAUCUACCCUGUAUUAAUGUUAUUGUUUGUUCUACUACUGUAUAUCAUGUCCAAAAAAUAUCUGCUGUGAAAAAGGUCCAUCACACCAGGUUUAUUCAAGACAUGCUUCCAAAUAUUCCAAAUUUAAGACAUUUUUAAAAAACCCUUUUAAGACCAUUGUGAACGCAAUGUAAGACCUGUUUCAUGUCCACAGUGGCAGCAUAUCAAGGAAAAUCAGAGUCCCAGAAUCACUUGCAAAGUAAAUUAUAUUUAUCAAUUAAUGUUGCAUCACAUUUUAUGUUGGGUGUGCGUCCAUAAAUUCUGAUCAGGCUACAAUAAACGUUGGUAGUUAUUGGUUCCAAGAUAAAUCGAAAAAUUCCCCCAAAAUGAAAUAUGAGUAACCAAAGACUUUAUGACCCUGCGUAUGCCCUGAAAAACAACAAAGCUGGUGGUGCC